CUCCUCACUGCGCAUGCGCAAAUCCCGGUGUCUAGUGUCAAACUGUCAGCAGCUGUUCGGUCCAUGAACGUGUGGACGGAGACAGCGACUUAAACGCACCCAGAGAACCCGUUUGGACCGGGACACAACCGGGACCCGGGCGGCACUGACCCCCUGCAGAGACUGCACAGAAGGGACGCUGAUUUGCUACCGGAGCUAGCAGAGCUAACGGGGCUAACGGAGCUAACGGAGCUAACGGAGCUAACGGGACAGGCCGGCGGAUCGUGACCAGGGUUAGUCCGCGGAUGCUCGGACCUCUGUCUGGGUCUCAGCUCCCCUGUCUCUGGUGAACCGCCGCCGGCUAAAGGAGGCCGAAGAGCCGCCAGCCCGGCCGGGAUACACUCGGUUUUUUACCCGGUUCGGUUUGGGGAGCAGCAGCCGAGAUGUUGAUAGCAGCAGUAGGUGCAGGAAACGUAAACUCUGCCGGCACCGGGAAGAAACACAGACGGAGGGGCAAGAAAAACCGGAGGGUCCGAGCAGAUGAGAAGCAACCUGAUGAACUCUGUGACCUCCAGAGUCUGAACACUGACCCAACAGCCCCAAACAUUUGCCCCCAGUCUGACCGGUUGCCCCCCCAGAGUCCUGCAGAAACCAGCACAGCACCAGGAAACGCAACAACACAAGAUCCCGAUGACGCCCCCGAAGGAAAACCCCCCCACAUCACGGCCUUACCCACCACAACCACCACAACCAGCCCAUCGCCUCCUCCUGCCCCGCCCACCACCCCACCCAUUCUAGAUGCAAUAAAUACCCUUGUAGCACCCCCGGUGGCCCCUGAACCCCCCCGCCAAACCAUGUUUUUCUGCCAAACCCCUCCUGCCACAUCUCAGAAUCUGCCCCACUCCCCCGGCUACUCGCCACCAGCUGUUAACCAAAAUAUUACCCAGAAUUCCUCUAGGUCGCCUCAUAGGACUCUUGUCACGGCAAACGGCCGGAUACAACCCGUCACGUCUCCUCCCGCCUCCCCUCACAGCGCUCACCACAACCACUCCCCAGUCCCUGCCAAAGCCCCUCCCACCCCUCCACUAAGCCCCUCCCACCCCGACCACUUCCUCCUGACGUCGGUGACGUUCACGUCCUCUUCCCACCUCUACUCCCCUCUCUGCACAUCCUCCACUCCCUUCCUCCACCCCCUGGACCCUCUGCCUCCCCCCAUCAGCCUUCCUCCCCAGAUGUCGUCGGCCACACCUCAACUGAUCUCUCCGCCCCCUGCUCUGAGCCCGCCCCCUCCAGAGUUAAGCCCGCCCCCCGCUCAGCUGCUGGGCUCUGACGACGAGGAGCAGGAAGACCCGUCAGACUACUGCAAAGGGGGCUACUACCCGGUCCAGAUCGGGGACCUGUUUAAUGGGCGGUACCAUGUGGUCAGGAAGCUGGGCUGGGGCCACUUCUCCACCGUGUGGCUGUGCUGGGACCUGCAGAAGAAGCGCUUCGUGGCCCUGAAGGUGGUGAAGAGUGCUCCUCAUUACACCGAGACGGCUCUGGACGAGAUCAAGCUGCUCCGAUGUGUGAGGGACAGUGACCCGUCUGACCCCUACAGAGAAACCAUCGUCCAGCUCAUCGACGACUUCAAAAUCUCUGGAGUCAAUGGAGUUCAUGUCUGUAUGGUUCUGGAGGUUCUGGGGCAUCAGCUGUUGAAGUGGAUCAUCAAGUCCAACUACAUGGGCCUCCCUCUGGUCUGUGUGAAGACCAUCAUCCGACAGGUCCUGCAGGGUCUAGACUACCUCCACACCAAGUGUAAGAUCAUCCACACCGACAUCAAACCAGAGAACAUCUUACUGGACGUGGACGAGGUCUACAUCCGGAGGCUGGCGGCCGAGGCCACCGUCUGGCAGAGAGCCGGGGCCCCGCCCCCUUCUGGGUCAUCAGUUAGCACGGCUCCCAGGGACCUACAGGCUGGAAAGUUGUCUAAAAACAAGAAGAAGAAGCUGAAGAGGAAAGCGAAGCGUCAGCAGCGUCUGUUAGAGGAGAGGCUGGUGGAUAUCCAGAGGAUGGAGGAAGAGGACGUCCAGCCUGAAGACACCGACGCCACCGCCAAUAGGAAGGCCAGCCCAGAGUCCAGCUGCUCCUGGUUGGAGGACAGGUGUAAUGGCCACGCCCCCGGACGUUUCUCCAGCCCCGCCUCUGGCCUAUCAGGCUUCUCCAGCUCUGUGAUGUCCGCGACGUCUGAGUCGGCGCUGUCCACUCAGUCGGGAUGCUCGAGUGGACGAGAAGUGUUCAGCGCCUCAGACUUUGUCCUCAGUCCUCUGGAUCCUCAGAACGCCAGCAAGCUGAGAGUGAAGAUCGCUGAUCUAGGAAACGCAUGCUGGGUGCACAAACACUUCACAGAGGACAUUCAGACCAGACAGUACCGAGCUCUGGAGGUUCUGAUCGGAGCCGAGUACGGGACGCCGGCCGACAUCUGGAGCACGGCCUGCAUGGCGUUCGAGCUGGCCACAGGAGACUAUCUGUUUGAGCCCCACUCAGGAGAAGACUACACCAGAGACGAAGAUCACAUCGCUCACAUCAUCGAGCUGCUCGGACCCAUUCCUGUGCCCUUCGCUCUGUCUGGCCGCUACUCCAGGGAAUACUUCAACAGGAGAGGUGAGCUGCGUCACAUCUCCAGUCUGAAGCCGUGGGGUUUGUUCGAGGUUCUCCUGGAGAAGUACGAGUGGCCGCUGGACCAGGCCGCUCAGUUCAGCGACUUCCUGUCCACCAUGUUGGAUCUGCAGCCGGAUCGCAGAGCGACGGCGGCGCAGUGUCUGCAGCACGCAUGGCUGCACACAUGAACACGCACACGAACACACACGAACACGCACACGCACACGAACACACUGGUGUAACGUGGCUGCAGACAGAAACACAGUUGGUGUUUGAGGAGCGUUUGUUGAUUUCACAUCAUGUGGGAAACGAUCACCUGGACUGUGGGUUGCUAUAGCAACUGAUUGACUGGCUGUGCAGGUAAACAAGAGGAGGGGCUCCUUAAUAAACUGACAACUGUCUCAACCCGUGGAGACUAACGGACAAACAACCAAACCAGAGUAAAAAAAAAAGAAAAAACAAUGGCCUCCUCUCAUUGGUCAAAGCGAGGCUUAAACUUUGGGGAUAUGGCGCCAUCUUUGUUUGGAUCCAGCUCCAUCAUGGACUCAUAACAUAGACUGUAUAUAAAUAUGGACCAGCUCCUCUAAAGUGAAGCCAAAGCUAGUAGAGCUCCCCCUGGUGGCUGCAGUAUCGGUCAUUAGCUCCACCCCCUGCCUGUUAGUGGGCGGAACUUGGGUCAAACUGAAAACACUAAAAUACACAUUAAAUAAAUUUAUUCAGGAAGUUAAUAUGAUGCUUUUGAGUGUUCAAGUGACACGUUUCUGGAUAAAUUUUGUUUUACUUUGUUGGUUGAUGCUGUAGAAACAGGAUGUGACAUCACGGCGGUAAAGAGGUCCCAUGGGACCGUGAGUUGUAAAAACUUAUCUUUAAAAACUAGUCCAGUGUGGGCGGGGCAUCACUAUCAUGGCUCCGCCCUCUGUACUAAUCAGACUCUGGCUCCAAACUCACAAGAUGGCGCCGUCCGCAUCCCUGAAAAAAUAGUGUUGGUUUGACCAAUGAGAGGAAGUGGAGACACGUCGUCCGGAUUUAUAAACAGUCUAUGGUUUACACUGGUAAAUGCUAACAUAGCUAACUAGCUAAUGACUCACUGAGGUCGGUUAGUUUCAUUCAGUAACUUUCCCACAGUUCAUUCUAAUUAAAAAGUAAAAAAAAACACUUUCACGCAGAUGCUUAGUUACACGUUGUCGUGGCAACUGUCACAUCACCUUGACAUCACUUCCUGUUUCCAUAGCGUCCAAUAACUUGAACACACAUCAACAUUAACGAACUAAAACAUAUAUGAUGUGUAUUUUAGUCCCGCCCACUAACACAGAGGAGCCGUCAUCGGGUCCUUUAUGAUCUAUGAUCUUCUUCUCCUGCUAUGAACCAACUUUGUGGCGCUGGAGCCCCCGUGUGUUCAGACAGUAGAACUGCAGCUCCAGCUUCGUCUCCUCGUCUGUCGGGUUUUUCGUUUCCCUCUUGUUUGUGAACGACUGCGCUCAGACGUCCAAACUGUUCCGCUUCGUCUUUGCUCUCGUUUCUCUUCAAGUUUUUUUUUUUUCAUAGUUUUCUGCUGAAUUUUGUCCGUUCCUGUUGAUUUUUAUUUAAAUUUUUAACGGACGCUUCCUGCUGACGACUGGUCAGAGACUGAAGAACCUCCGACCGCUGUAUUAUUAGUGACAGUAUUGAGCUCUGUUGGUGAGACGACCUCUGACCUGUUCUCACCUCUUUCUAUGUUCAUAUAUAAUAAACGGUGCCUUGAAACGGC